CCCAACAAAAAUUAGUUUUUGAGACAAUAUUUUUUCUUCAUAUAUAACGCAAAAUACUUCAAGAUAAAAACGGUGGGUUUAUUUCCCCAAACCAAAAGUUCCAUCGAAGGAAGUGAAUCUCUAUAAAUACACACCCAAAAAUCCACUCUCAAAUUCUUUCUUUCCUUCGAAAAAAAAUUAAAAAAAAAAAAGAAAAAAGAGAAACUUCUCAGCUUUCUACAAAUCAAAGUAGUUGCUGACCUAAGAUGGGCUACGAACCUGGUGGCUCAUCCCGUGAUGGGCGUGACGAAGAUGAUGAGGACGAAUAUGAGGAAGCUGGCAGUGGUAACCGACUUUUGGGAUUUAUGUUUGGAAAUGUUGACUACUCUGGUGAUCUCGAUGUUGACUACCUUGACGAGGAUGCCAAGGAGCAUCUUGCUGCUUUAGCUGACAAGCUUGGUCCGUCUCUGACAGAGAUAGAUUUGUCAGUGAAGUCCCCACAAGCAUCUGCAGAUGCUGCUGAACAAGAUUAUGAUGAGAAGGCAGAAGAUGCUGUAGAUUAUGAGGACAUCGAUGAGCAGUAUGAAGGACCUGAGGUACAAACUGUUACCGAAGAGGACCUAUUAUUGCCGAAGAGGGAUUAUUUUUCAACAGAAGUCUCUUUAACUACUUUGGAGAAUCGUGCUUCUGUUUUCGAUGAUGAAAACUAUGAUGAGGAUGAAGAGGAGAAGGAACAGGAGAAGGAAGAGGAGAAGGAAGAGGAUAAGGAAGAGGAGAAGGAACAGGAGGUGGUAGAGAACACUACUGAAGUUCAAUCUAUUCCUGAAAAAGAGUACAGCAAUGAUGCUGAAGUGAGUUCUCCUGGGGAGAAGGUUCCAGAAGAAGUUGUUGAUCAAAAGGUUCCAGAAGAAGUUGUUGAUCAAAAGGUCCCAGAAGAAGUUAUAUCCACAGAUGCUCCCGAAUCUAGUGAAGAUCUUCAGGAGGAAGAACCUCUUGCUUUGGAUGAGCCAGUUGAUAGUCAAAGCUCUGUGCCUCUACCUGUUCUUUGUGUAGAAGAUGGGGUGGCAAUUCUGAAGUUCUCUGAAAUUUUUGCCCUCCAUAAACCUCGGAAGAAAGCAGAGAAGAGGGAGCGACGUUCCUCUGUUCCCAAAGUGCAUUCUUGUUUCACAGACAAAUACAAGGCCAUGGACAUACUGGAUAUUGUUGAAGAAGAUGAAGUUACGUUACUGAGAGGGUCCUAUGAAGAGUUUCCUUGGUUGAGGAUGACCCAUGUACAUCAGGAUAGUGCUUUAACGUUGCUGGAUAAUGAACCAGGAACAGUUCAAGGGACUGAUGACUUAAAGCCAAAAAUCGAGAAAAAGGAUUCUUGUUGUAGUGCUGAACCAAUGAAAGAAAAUCUAUCUAUGGAUCUUUCUGCUGGUUGGAGCUCACCUAUUUGUCCUGAGUUCUAUCCGCUUGAUCAGCAAGACUGGGAGGAUAGAAUCAUUUGGGAUAAUUCUCCUCCAUUGAGUGAUAACACUGCUGAGAGUUGUGAGAUUUCUGAACCUGAUUAUGAAGCAUUGACUGAUAAACAACUGGAUGUGGAGGCCGAGUCUCAAAGUCUUCAGUCAGAAAAAGAAAUUGAACCCCAUGAGAAAGGUCAUAGCUCCUUUUUCUCUUGCAGUGUUUCUGUGGAGCCUUUUGGUUCAAAACAACCUUCAGAACACCUGGAUAUUUCAUUAUCGGAAGGAAGAUGUCACCCUCAGCUUUUGAGAUUAGAGUCUCGCUUGAAUGCAGAUAGGCAAAAGAGCACAGAUACUCUAAAGGAUGGAGCCACUGAUGAAAGCCUUAGCAGCGAUGCCUUAAGGCGAUUUAGCAAGCUUACAUUACAAAAUAGAGAUAUGCUAGAGGAAUCUUGGGUGGACAACAUUAUUUGGGAACCAGAUCAACCCUUUCUGAAGCCAAAGCUCAUAUACGAUCUUCAAGACGAACAAAUGCUUUUUGAAGUUUUGGAUAACAGGGAUGGCCAACAGCUUCUGUAUCAUGCUGGAGCAAUGAUCACAACUGGUUUAAUAAAGCCCAGUAAUGGUGACUCUACCGAGUUAUAUGAUCUCAGUGGUUCAUCCGGGCGUUUCAAUAUUGCCAAUGACAAAUUCUAUAUGAACAGAAAGUCAACUCAGCAACUAAAAUCACAUUCAAAGAAACGCACUGCACAUGGUCUAAAAGUUCUGCACUCAAUACCAGCUCUUAAGCUGCAGACAAUGAAGGCUAAGCUAAGCAAUAAAGACAUAGCAAAUUUUCAUCGGCCAAGAGCUUUGUGGCAUCCCCAUGACAAUGAGGUGGUACUUAAGGAACAGAGAAAGUUGCCUACACAAGGGCCAAUGAAAAUCAUAUUGAAGAGCUUGGGUGGCAAAGGAAGUAAACUUCAUGUGGCAGCAGAGGAAAACAUUUCUUCCCUUAAGUCAAAGGCGUCCAAGAAACUUGAUUUCAAACUGUCUGAGCCAGUGAAGAUAAUUUAUUGUGGGAAGGAGCUUGAAGAUGAUAAAUCGCUUUCUGCCCAAAAUGUGCCACCAAACUCUGUGCUGCAUCUUGUUCGUACUAGGAUACAUUUGUUGCCUAGGGCACAAAAGCUUCCCGGUGAGAACAAGUCCCUGCGUCCUCCUGGGGCAUUUAAGAAAAAAUCUGAUCUUUCCGUGAAAGAUGGCCAUGUUUUCCUAAUGGAAUACUGUGAGGAGAGACCUUUGCUCCUUGGAAAUGCUGGAAUGGGUGCAAGAUUGUGUACUUAUUACCAAAAAUUAUCUCCGAAUGAUCAGCAAGGCACCUUGAUGCGCAACGGAAAUACUGGAUUGGGUAGUGUGCUCACACUUGAUCCUGCUGAUAAAUCCCCCUUCCUCGGGGAUAUAAAACCUGGUUGCAGCCAGUCAUCUCUUGAAACAAAUAUGUACAGGGCACCAAUUUUUCAGCAGAAGGUCUCAUCAACUGAUUAUUUGUUGGUUCGCUCAGCAAAGGGUAAGCUGUCCAUAAGGCGGAUCGACAGGAUUGAUGUCGUAGGGCAACAGGAACCUCACAUGGAGGUAAUCGCUCCUGGAUCAAAAGGUGUUCAGACCUACAUAAUGAACAGACUAUUGGUAUAUAUGUAUCGUGAAUUUCGUGCUAUUGAAAAACGCGGUUCACGUCCUUUCAUCCGUGCGGAUGAGCUGUCUUUACAGUUCCCUAGCUUGUCAGAGGCCUUUCUUAGGAAAAGGCUCAAACAUUGUGCUGAUUUGCAGAGAAGAUCAAAUGGACAGUUCCAAUGGGUUAUGAGGUUCAAUUUUCGGAUACCAUCCGAGGAGGAAUUGAGGAGGAUGGUUUCGCCAGAAAGUGUAUGUGCAUAUGAAAGCAUGCAAGCUGGACUCUAUAGGCUUAAGCGCCUAGGUAUUACAAGGCUAACUAAUCCUACAGGUCUAUCAGCUGCAAUGAACCAGCUCCCAGAUGAAGCAAUUGCUUUAGCUGCUGCAUCACAUAUUGAAAGGGAACUUCAAAUCACACCUUGGAACUUGAGUAGCAACUUUGUUGCCUGUACAAACCAGGAUAGAGAAAAUAUUGAGCGUCUGGAAAUUACUGGUGUUGGUGAUCCAUCUGGUCGGGGAUUAGGGUUCAGUUAUGUCCGCACCACUCCUAAGGCACCAAUAUCAAAUGCAAUCUCCAAGAAAAAAGCAGUUGUUGCCAAAGGCUCAACAGUAACAGGCACUGAUGCAGACCUGCGAAGACUGAGCAUGGAAGCUGCACGCGAGGUUCUUCUCAAGUUUAAUGUUCCAGAGGAGCAGAUUGCUAAACUAACAAGGUGGCACCGAAUUGCUAUGAUUCGCAAGCUUUCUAGCGAGCAAGCUGCAUCAGGUGUUAAAGUUGAUCCAACAACAAUAAGCAAAUAUGCUCGUGGCCAGCGCAUGUCCUUUUUGCAGCUGCAGCAGCAAACCAGAGAAAAAUGUCAGGAGAUCUGGGACCGACAAGUCCAAAACCUUAGUGCAGCUGAUGGUGAAGAAAAUGAGAGUGACACUGAAGUGAACAGUGACCUAGACUCAUUUGCUGGUGACUUGGAAAAUCUUCUUGAUGCAGAAGACUUUGAGGAUGGUGAGGAGGGUAGUCAUGAGCCCAAACAUGAUAGUGUAGAUGGAGUCAAAGGACUCAAGAUGAGGAGACGCCCCUUUCAGGCUCAGGUGGAUGAGGAAAUCGAGGAUGAGGCAGCUGAAGCUGCGGAAUUAUGCCGGAUGCUCAUGGACGAUGAUGAAGCUGAGAGGAAGAAGAAAAAAAAGGACAAAGCCAUGGGGGAGAAAGUUGGUUUCGUGCCAGAUAUAAGAUACAGGUUUGCUGCUGAAAGCACUGAUCGGGGUAAAAAACCUCAAAUAUUUCCCAAGCCAAGCAUAAAGUCUGAUGGGCCAAAUGCAUUGAAUUUCAUCGGAGAUCAGAAGGAGGCUGAAGGGUUUGCUACUAAAAGAACCCCAUCUAGCAAGGUGAAACCCAAGAAAAAAGUUGAUAUUAUGGACACUGGAUUGUUUAAUAAAAAAAUUAAGAUACUAGGGGAUGGAAUUAAGCCCGUGAAAGAGAAGAAGUCAGCAAGAGACAGUUUUGUCUGUGGAGCCUGUGGUCAGCUUGGUCACAUGAGAACUAAUAAGAAUUGUCCCAAGUAUGGGGAAGAUGUGGACGCACGAGCAGAAAUCAUUGAUCUCGAAAAGACUGCAGGUAAAGCUAUGAGUUCUACUGAUCAGUUGGAUCAGCCCCAGAUCUUCUCGAAAAAAGCCAUCCAAAAAAGUGCUACUAAGAAUGUGAUGAUCGAAGCUCAUGAGGAUGAUAAUUCCAGUUCAAAGGCCAAAGUUCUGAAGGUUAAAUGUGGCUCAACCGACAAGCUUCCUGAUAAACCUACUCCUGCUACCUCACUUAAUUCUGACAUACCGGUGACUUCAGAUACUGAAACUGGAACUGUACCACCCCCCAUAAAAUUUAGUAAAAUCAAGUUUUCAAAUAAGAUGAAAGGUGAGGAUGUUUCCGAUGAAGCUCAUAGGUCCUCCGUUCUAAGGGCACCAACGGAGACUGCAGAGUCACAUCGCAGCAAGAAAAUUGUAAUUAAGCAACUUAAGGACUCCACAAGUGUGGAUGAAGGCUUCCUGGAUGGUAGCGGUGGCAUGGAGUUCAGGAAGACGAAGAAAAUCAACGAAUUGUCGUACUUGGGGCAGCAAGAGAGGGACCAUUUCUAUGAAGAGGCUUUAGCAAGGAAACGAAUGGAUGAUAAACGGUUAUGGGAAGAGGAAGAGAGGAGGAGAAUUGCUGUGAGGCAGAGAGAGGAAAGAGCCAAGAUGAUAUAUGAGCGACAGAAGGCAUUAGAGGAGCAGGAGAAAUUAGCGGCGAUUGAAAGCUAUCAAGAUGCCAUAAGAAGAGAGAGGGAAGAAGAAGAACGUCUAAAGGAAAGGAAGAAGAAAAAGAAGAAGCCUGAAAUAAGAGAUGAUUACUUGGAUGAUUUUCUUCCCAGAAGAAACGAUAGAAGGAUACCAGAUCGAGACAGAUCGAUGAAGCGGAGGCAACCUUUCGAGUCCGGAAGGCAUGCUAAAGAGCUUGCACCACCAACAAAGCGCCGGAGAGGGGGAGAGGUUGGUUUGUCAAAUAUUUUGGAAGAAAUCGUUGACACACUGAAGUCGCGUGUGGACGUAUCCUACCUCUUCUUGAAGCCAGUGACCCGAAAGGAAGCUCCAGAUUAUCACAAGUAUGUAAAGCGCCCUAUGGACCUAUCCACAAUCAAAGAGAGAACCAGGAAACUGGAAUAUAAAAACCGCUUGCAAUUCAGGCAUGAUGUGGCACAGAUUACCAUCAAUGCACAUCUGUACAAUGACGGGCGCAACCCAGGUAUUCCUCCCCUUGCGGAUCAGCUUCUAGAGAUUUGUGACUACUUGCUGGAUGAGAAUGCUUCCAUCUUAGCUGAGGCUGAAUCUGGUAUUGAGCUAUGAUAUUUCAUAUUUGUACCCCUGUCUCUGUUGGAUUUUAAGUGCCGUUAAGCAAGCUUUCAUCGGUCACUCAUAGUUGUCUAUUGUUCAGCGAUCUAGAGGAUAGAUCUUUUAGAUGUGUCAGUUGCAGCCACCCCAACACAUGUAUCAGAUAAACAAGACGCGACUGAAGGGAUUGUAUCCCAACUGUAUAAUGGGAUUUAGUAGCUGAUGAUGCUGUAUCGACCAUUUUGUUCUUAACUCACGGUCAUGGAAGGCAACAUGACGAUGGGGUGUGGGGGAGAGAAUGAUUAACUGUAUCUUAAUUGUAGAGUGGGAGCUCAGUUAUGUGACAUGUAUGUGCAGUUUGUGCAAAAUAUUUUAGUUAUGUAAAAUAGUCCUCUUGGUUCUAGUUUUGCCUCCUUCAGCUAUGUGAAUAGAAUGAAAUUUCAGCUAAUCAAUUGGAUUUAUUCCUCAUGGUA